CGGUCGGCGAAUAGACCUCCACCAAGAUGAGGAAAAUUAUGAAACAGGGCAAAAUCGUAAUCGUCCUUAGCGGACGUUACGCAGGCCGCAAAGCCAUUAUUGUCAAUACUUCGGACAAUGGCACGCCCGAGAAGCCAUUCGGUCAUGCCUUGGUCGCCGGCAUCGACAGAUACCCCCGUAAGGUGACAAAGAAGAUGGGCAAGAACAAGCUGAAGAAGAAGUCCAAGAUAAAGCCUUUCCUGAAGAGCUUGAACUACAACCAUCUGAUGCCCACCCGCUACACAGCGCACGACAUCAGUUUCGAAAAGCUUUCGUCCAAGGAUCUGAAGGAUCCCAUCAAGCGGAAGACACAUCGUUUCCAGACGCGCGUCAAGUUCGAGUCUGUCUACAAGGAGGGCAAGAACAAGUGGUUCUUCCAGAAGUUGCGCUUCUAAGCUUCACACCCUACGGAUGGUCACGGAGGACGUGGAGGUUUCUGGCUGCUGAUGUGUGUGGACUGUUUUUUUAAGUUAAAUAAAAAAACAUUAAAUUCUGAAAACUUACAAGAUA